AUGUCUCGCAAAAUCAUUCAGAUUGGCUCCAGCGAAGAGGAUCCCCAGGGCUUUAGUCACAUUAGAGAUGUGUGGAUGUCGGUCAGAGAGACGAUUCAGGAGCGCGCCCAGCUCAUAGAAACUGUGUUAUCUGAUGAUGUCGGCAGCAUUCUGCAGAAGCAAAAGCCUUUGGGCGUUUUGGUGCUAGCCCGGCCCUGGAACAGCUCUGUUGAUUCUGAGGAAUUGAUCUCUCAGACGUCCAUUCUCAAGCAAUACGCGGAGGAGGGCGGCAACGUCGUCUAUGGCGGCAACUUCGCGGCUCUCACCCCUCCUUGGGACAUCGUGAAGGUCUUUGGGGAGAAGGGUUUCAACACCGGCUGGUCCUCUGACAAACCUAUCGCCUACAACCCUCCCGACGGCCGGGUUGGAAAAUACGAGGGCAGCAUUGAUAAAAAAGUCAAUGGCAUCCUCAACCGCAAUGCCGAGGUCUAUACCAAUGACAGCCUCAAUCUCCAGGCCCAGUUGCCCGGAAUAAUCGAUCCGUUCCAGCCACUCGUGGUGGUCGUCGAGAAUCCUGACCACGUUCUCUACAGCAUUGAUGACCCCAACUAUAACAAGGCGAAAUGUGGCGUCGGCGCCAUGGCCCGGGUCGGCAACGGCCACGUCGGGCUUUGGGGCGACAGGGACAAUAAAGUGCCCCAGACGGCGAAUGUCAUUUCCGCCAUGCUCGGCCUCCCCCCAAAGCAGCAGCAGUAG